AUGUUAACAUCGAGUAUAGAUGGCGCUGUGCAAGAGAUGUCAGUUAAUAUGGAAAUUGAAAAUAACAAAGAAGAGCAGUGUGCUCCCAUGGCCACUGUUCGAAUAGUCCUAAAGGACAAUAUCUUAAAAGCCAAAGCAGUGGGCAGAGGAACUGCCCUUGGAACAUGGGACACCCAACGUGGUGUAAAUCUUGCUAGGUGCACCGAGUUGGGUGUCCCUGUUCUAAGGGCGGAAGUUCUUCUGCCCAAGGCUGUAAAUAUAGAGUGGAAGUUUGUUAGACCGCAAAACCCUUACCACCCUGGGUCUGGCUGGAUAUGGGAGCCUGAACCCUUUAGGAACAGGUGCCUCCAAGUGACCACCAAGGACAGCAUGGAAGUGACCUGUACUUGGGGAGAUCUGAACAUGGAAGUAAAAGAGUCUAACUACACAUAUGAACCUGAAGUCCACACCAGUGGUAAGCAAAUUGCAGUUGAUAACAGAGUAAAGGCUCCUAACACUGAAGAGACAGUUGAUACCAAAGACAAGAAAUAUGCAACAGUUUUAACAGUUGUAAAAAGUAUUGAGGAGAUAGCCAAGGCAUACACUACUAUACCAGUGCUGGUAAUACAGAAGACAUGUUAG